UAUCCAGGGAGCGGAUCCUGCGCACCGAUUCUCUCCCCGCGCCGCCGCUUGUAUCCCUUUCACCUGCGUUGCUGGGAAGCCUUUGCACGAAAACAUGGCCGAGGCUCAGGCUGGCUCUGGGAAAGUGGCUCUUUUCAGCCAGAAAAAAGAAGGGGGUCUCACCUACCGCAUCCCGGCGCUGAUUUACCUGCCCUCCGAGUCCACCUUCCUGGCGUUUGCAGAAGAGCGCUCAUCCCCCCGGGACGAAGAUGCUAAGUUCCUGGUGAUGAGGCGAGGGCGGAAGGAAGGAACGUCCGUCCAGUGGGGUCCCCAGGAGUCCCUGCCGAUGGCCACUCUCCCCAAAUACCGCACCAUGAACCCCUGUCCUGUGCAUGAGGAGAAGAGUGGAACCACUUUCCUGUUCUUCAUCUGCGUUCUGGACCACGUCACGGCCUGGCGGCAGAUUGUGACGGGGAGGAACGCCACCAAGCUCUGCUACAUCUCCAGCCAAGAUGGAGGCCGCACCUGGAGCCAGGUGGUGGAUUUAACCAGGCAGAUGUUUGGAGGCGACCAGAAGAACUGGGCCACCUUUGCCGUCGGGCCAGGCCACGGCGUGCAGCUCAGCUCCGGGCGCCUGGUGGUCCCGGCGUACGUAUACCGCACCCGCAAAUGUUGCUUUUGCUUCUGCCCGCUCUGCUGCACGGCUCCCCAUUGCUUCGCUUUGCUCAGCGACGACGGGGGGCGCAGCUGGGCACGGGGCCGGCUCCUCAAGGACUUGCGAGCCACCGAGUGCCAGGUGGCUGAGGUCAACCGCCAGGACGGAAGCCGCUUGUUGUACAUCAACGCCCGGCAUUCGGGUUGGAGCCACUGCCGCGCCGAGGCCUUCAGCGCCGAUAACGGAGGCCAUUUCCAGGAGCCCUUUCUUUGCAAGCAGCUGCGUGAACCGCCGCACGGGUGCCAGGGCAGUGUGGUGAGUUUCGCCCCGGUGCUGAAACCCUCGGAUCUGGGCCUAGAGGAAGGCGCAGGCGAAUUGGCGAGCCUGCUGGGCAUCGAUCCCUCCUCGGCCCUUCUCAAGAGGAGCACCAAAUCAUGGCUGGUCUUCUCCCACCCCAUAAACAGCCGCAAGCGUUUGGAUCUGGGCAUCUACCUGAACCCCUCUCCGCUGGAGAAGGGGUGCUGGACAUCCCCCUGGGUGCUGAACAAAGGGCCCAGUGGGUAUUCAGACCUGGCCGUGUACGAGGAGGAGGAGGGCAAAUCGGUGAUGUUCGGGUGCCUGUUUGAAUGCGGGGUAGCGACGGCAUGCGAAGAAAUUGCCUUUCAGCUUUUCAGUGACGUUGAGCUUCUGAAGAACCUAAGGCCUGGGAAUCAUAGACCACAAGGGCCAUUCAGU